AUGAAUUCAACACGAGAAAAGACGCCUGGUUCGCAACCGGUUGAUGCGCCUACUUCAAGCGCGCUGCACAAGGACGGCGGUGUCGCAACACCACCAUCGAGCGACAGCAGCGUAGUGGAAAGAGACGGCAAUGGACCUGCAGCUCAGGCAGCAAAUGGAGAGAAACAUGACGGCGACAAUGUCCCUACCGAUGUGACUGCAGCGCCAGGCGAGCAACCCCAGCGCAGCAAGCUGAAGAUCGGGCUCAUCAUGGCCUCGCUGGCCGUCGCCGUCCUCCUCGUAGCUCUUGACAUAACGAUCGUUACCACCGCCCUACCGACCAUAACCGCCGAGUUCAAUUCAGCCUCCGGGUACACAUGGAUCGGCACUGCAUACCUCAUUGCGCAGAGUGCUUCAACGCCUAUUUGGGGCAAGGUGUCGGACAUUUUUGGAAGAAAACCUAUAUUGCUUGUGACCAAUGCCAUCUUCUUUGUGGGCUCGUUGCUUGCGGGAGUUUCGGUCAAUAUGGAUAUGCUCAUUGCAGCUAGGGCAAUUCAAGGCAUUGGCGGUGGAGGUCUGAUCACAUUAGUGAACAUUGCCAUCUCCGACUUGUUCUCAGUCCGCGAUCGUGGAAUGUACUUUGGCAUGAUUGGAGGCGUCUGGGCUCUUGCUUCUUCCCUGGGUCCAGUUGUGGGAGGCGUGUUUACCCAGAAGGUGUCAUGGAGAUGGUGCUUCUAUAUUAACCUACCAUUCGACGGCGUGGCUUUCAUCAUCAUCUUGCUGUUCCUUGAUAUUCAAACACCAAAGACGCCCUUGCGCGAGGGGCUAAAAGCUGUCGACUGGCUUGGGUCCCUGACUAUGGUCGGUGGUGUAAUCAUGGUCCUGCUUGGACUGGAAUUCGGCGGUAUCACGUACCCCUGGAGCUCGGCCACUGUCGUCUGCCUUAUCGUGUUUGGGGCUGUAGUUGUGGGGAUUUUCUUCCUCAUUGAGUGGAGAGUUGCGCCUUACCCUUUGAUGCCACUAGACCUGUUUUCCAAGCGAUCCAACCUGGCGGCUCUCAGCACAUGCUUCUUCCACGCUUUCGUCUUCAUCGCCGGAAACUAUUUCCUCCCACUCUACUUCCAGGCCGUAUUGGGAGCAACGCCUAUCCUCUCUGGAGUCUACCUGCUUCCCCAAGCAGUGGCGCUAUCGUUCAUGUCGAUGUUCACUGGAAUCUUCAUCAAGAAAACCGGACAAUACCUUCCCUUAAUUUGGUUCGGCAUGGCUAUGAUGACUCUUGGAUUCGGUCUGUUUAUCGAUUUCGAUGUCAAUUCGUCCUGGGCCAAGAUCAUUAUCUAUCAGAUCAUUGCUGGAAUUGGUGUUGGACCCAACUUCCAGAGUCCGCUUAUCGCUCUGCAGAGUCUCGUACCGAAACGCGAUAUCGCUACUGCAACUGCAACCUUUGGUUUUACGCGUAAUAUCGGAUCUGCUAUCUCGGUCGUUGUCGGUUCUGUUAUCUUCCAGAACGAGAUGAAGUCGAAGCAAGCACAACUUGCUGCAACCCUUGGGCCUGAGAGGGCGUCAUCAUUCGGAGGUGGAGCCGCCGGAGCCAACGUUGGCUUGAUACAAAGCCUUCCCGACGACCAAAAGUUCGCGGCGCGACAAGCAUUUUCCAGCUCACUGAGCACGAUGUGGUAUUUGUACGUCGCAUUUGCUGCAGCCGGUCUUGGUGUCAGCUUCUUGAUUGGAAAGAACAAGCUCGACAAGCAGCACGAAGAGACUAAAACUGGUCUCGACGUAGAAAAGCAGAAGAAGAUUGAAAGGGACGCGGAGCGCGCGGAAAGGAGAAGGAAAAGAGCGAGCAAGGGUUCGCUGCCUGUGGAUGCGGAGACUCAGGCAAAUGGAGUCACGGCUGCCUCAGGUGAGGAUAAGGACAGCAAAGCCUGA